UUUAGAUAGGUAAUAACAUAAUAAGGUCACAAGUCUAUAUUUCAUAUGAAUUAAUAUAUCAAUAAUUUUAUUGUAAUUUAUAUAAUAUGAAAUAGUAAUUAAAAAACUUAAUUCCCAAUGAUUAAAAUUUUGUGCUGUAACUAUGGAUAAAGAACUUGAUAGCCUGCGAGCAGCAGCUCCAUCAUGGAGUUUGGCUGGAGACAAACAGCUCUUAGAGUUGUUGAAUAAUUUCCACAAGAAAAUAAUAUCAAAAUGUGAAGAAGUCAAUACAAAGAUUGAUGGAAUGGUGAACGCAUUAGAUACAGCAAGCAUUGACCUGCAGAAUGUCAAUAAUAAAUUUAUGGCGUUAAGCAAUAGUCAGUUCAUUGAGAGCAGAGUUUACGAUGACGAUAUGGUACCAGAUGCAACCACAGAGGAAGUCCCAAAACAAGUUCAGCCGGUGGACGAAUUUUCGAAGAUGCAGCAGUGUCUGAAUGUAUUUGAGGCGAUGCAUGACAGCGUGAUGAUCCUUGACUCGGACAGCUCUGAUGAUGAUGACGAUGAAGGCAGAUUAGUGUUGAAACCCAAGGACCUUUAUUCUGACAGGCCGUUGCCUUACAUUAUUGGCUCACAAUCUUGGAAAAAUAAAUGGCACGCAGGCUUAGUGGUGGAAGACAGCGACAGUGAUAGUUCGGUAUCAAAACCGCCCGGGCCGUCCGAGGAAUAUUCUGAAUCGGAGCCGGAAAUUGUCGACACACACACAGAUAAACACUUCGAUAGACAAUUGACGGUUUCGGGGUCCAACACGAGUGUGGAAACAAAUCCAGUUGUUCAAGCCCAGCCGGCGGAUAUUGCAGCCGAAUUGGCUAGGCGACUUGGCGGCGAAUAUAUACCCUCACAACAUGCUGUGACAGAAGUGAUAACACCAACGGAGCCUAUUGUCAGAAAAACUUACCGAGCCGAACCAACCAGAGCGACGAUAUUUCCAAAUGAACCACCGCCUCUUGACUGUGAAGAGCAAGACAGCAAUAGUGACGACGACAUAUUUGCAACGCUCCAUAAGAAACCUUACGUGUAUGAACAUAAGGUUGAGGAUCGCUCGAGUGUGGUAGAAGAGUUGUUCGGGAGUCUUUCGAGCGAGAAAAUAGAGGAUAUGGUGAAGGUCAAGGUGAGAGAUGAACAAAUAUUCAAUAACAACAAUGAAACGAACAGAGCAACGAAUGAAAUUGAAGACCACGAUAAAAAUGAAAACGUCAAGAAACCAGUUGGCGGCAUUUCUUUGUUUGGAUCUAACAAAAAUUCAGAUAGUAUCGGAGCUGCUAUUUUGAAGCGUCACCAACGUAAGUCGAGCACGGAUGACGAAGACUUCACUGAAACACCGAAAGUUUGUGUUGAAGCUGAUAAAUCCGCACCGAAACCAAGUGCAACAGCCAAAAAUAUUAUCGAAGAUAUAUUCGCUAAACCAAAGACAGUUCCAGUCAAAGCAAUGUUACCUAAAGUUGAACCAAAUGCUAAAGAAGUCAACGUAAAAAAACCCAAAGUAGAUCUGUUUAAGGAUGAUUUAUUUGAUGAUUUUGAAGAUCUCUUUACUAGCAAAGUACUAAGUAUUAAUACCACACAAAAGUCUGUGGAUAUUUCCAGCGGCACAACGAAUAAAACUUCGAAAUAUAAUGCAAAGAGUAUGUUCGAUAGUGACGACGAAUUGUUUAGUGAUGUAAUUCCCAAAAAAGAUGUUGAAAGUAGUGAUAUAACAAAAACUAAUAAAAAAGUUAAAACAAGUGAAAAUAAGGAUAAAAGCAUUUCUGAUGAUGAUUCUAAUGAUGAAUUAUUUGAUAGUGAAAGUAAAUCAAAAAAAAUACUGGAGAAAGAGUUCUCUAAUAUAAAUGAUAUUUUUAAUGGUAGCGAUGAUGAUUUAUUUUUUGAUAAGCCUGAUAAAGUUUGUCGUGAAAAUAAGAAGUUGCCACCAAAAACAAGCAUUUUCGAUGAUGAAAGUGACGAUGACGGGUUCACCAGUAUUACGAAUACAAAUAAUGAAAAUAAACAAAAUAAUGGUGCAAUCAAGAAAGUUUCUACACCACUUGUAAAUGUGAAAGGUGAGGCGAAUGCUUGUUCUCGUAUCAUUGAUGGUGAUCCAAACAAAUUUAAUGAAGAAAUUCCAAUAAAUAAAAGUCCCAUACUAUUUGACAGUACAGAAACAGAAGUAUCAAGUAAUAUAGGUAUUGUUAGUAAGCAAUCAACAGCAGUAAAUGUAGCAUUAAAUACAGCUACAAAUGUAAAAAUAGAAGAAGAAAAAAAUGAAUCAAAAACAGACGUAAACUCAAGACUGUUUUCCGACGUAAGUAUGUCUCAUAACGAAAAACAGAGUCCAUCAAUAUUUGAUGAUGAUGAACUCUGGCCAGAAACAGUUUUAAAUGAGGAAAUCGUAAAACCUGGAACAAUUAACAAUCAAAUACUUAAGGGUAGCCUUUUCGAUUCUAAUACUGAAAGAAGUACCGUGCAAAGAGAAGAAAACUUAGAAAUACGUCCCGAAUCGGUACCACAACCGAGAACUGUUAUUGAAUCUAUAACUCAAAUAUACCCCGAUCUUAUACCUUACCCCGACACGAAAGUAGAAAUAAGAAGUGAGAAAGUGAUAGAAGAAAGAUCUAUCCAAAAUGUGGCCACGGAUGUUUCGAAAAAUCUAGAAUAUUCUGUACCAAUCGUGACUGAUAGCUUUACUAACAUAUUUGCUGAUUUGCCACCUGAAUUUGAAAAACCAAAAGAAUCUAAAAAGAGUAAAAAUGUCAAUGCAUUAUUUGAUGAUGAUUCUGAUGAUGAAGCCUUAUUUUUUAAGAAAAAUGAUGUAAAUGAUGAACCGAACACAGAUUAUGGAAACGAAAGUUUUAGUAUAUUUCAUGAUGAACCACCAGCAAUUGAUGUAGAUUCCACAAGUAAUCUCCAAUCAAACAAAACUAUUGAGAGUGUGCCAGAUCCAUUCGAGGAUAUUAUUUCGGAAAGUAAUAUAUCUGAAACUCAAAAAAGCUAUAAAAUAAAUCCAGAUAAAGAUAUUCAAUUUACUUCUCCGAAUCAAAGUUUAGACAGUGAAAGUAAAAAAUAUUUAAAUUCAGAACCAUGUGAACAUGUUGAAAUUUUAAAUACUGACGACUUCGUACGCGGAGACAAACUUAAUGCAGCGAGGCAUACAACGGAGGAAUAUAAAACAAUUGGAAAGUUAAAAGCUGUUAAUCUAAAAAUUGAUGUAUCAACCCUAUUGCCUGGAGCCUCUCCAAAGAAAUCCAUACUUAGUGAAGAAACUGAUGGCUCAAAAGAUCAUUCGCCAGGGGAAAAUAUAACAGUAGGGAAAUUAAAGAGUUCAGAUUCAGAUCUAAAUAUUGAUGUGACAACAGCAGUAACUGAAGUUCCACAGGAUAAACCCAAACUUCGUACAGAAGAUUACGGAUCCAAUGAUACCUGGAAAUCAGUGAAUUUCGAUCAAGAUUCAGGCAUGCUGGACAAUAAAAUAUCUAAGGAUAGAGCAAAAAUUCAGGUGAAAAGACGACCAUCUACUCGAAAAGCCAGGAAAGAGGCGGUUAAAAAAGUAACUGACUUAGGCGGCAGCUUCGAUUCUACGGAUAACUCUAGUUCAAUAGAUGAUUCAUCUAAAAUAGAGGAUCUAAAAACUGCUGAACCUACAAAAUCCUAUGAAACUUCGUUGAAUGACCCUGAAAUAGAAAAUCAACCGAAAUCAAUUACGAAAAAAGUAGUUUAUAUUUUAAAUGAUGAAGAUCUAUUUUCUGAUGUAAAAGAAGAGAAUAAAGAAAAAAAUAUUUUCGGUGAUUCCGAUGACGAACUAUUUAAACCAACGAGUACGGCUAAUUAUAGGAACAGUGACAGCAAAAAAGUGCCCAAAGGGAAAUUAUUUGAAUCAGACAGUGAUGACGAUCUGUUUAGUAGUAAGAAAUAGUAUCUUUCUUCGGAUUGUGAGUUAUGGUAAAGUAAUCUUGCAUGGAACAUAUGUGCAGUGGUGAUAGCCGUAAAAUACUUAAACUUCAUUAUUCAGUGCUGUUUUAAAGGAUUAUUUUCCAUUUGAGUACUUGUAAUGUAUUUAACAGAAGUUGGUAGUAUCGAAUGUUACCAAGUCCAACAUCUUUAUUCAAAUUGCUUAAUUUAAAAUACUUUUUUAUCGUAAAACUUAUUUUUACCAUCAAUUUAGAAAGCUGCACAUUUGUUAGCUUGUCUUUUACAGGGUUAAAAAACAGUAUAGUCCCCUUCCCCUCUAAGUUGUAAGCACAGAUAGUGCUUCUAACAAAAUUACAAAGUGCUUUAAAGUAUAUGGUAGUCGAAUGGGUCGUAUAUAUCCAAAAUAAAACCAGCAUCGAUCGAAGAACCAAUGAAAAUAGUGCACACGACUUUUGCCAGUAGGUAUCUGUUACUCAACUACUUACGAUUGGAGAUUAUUUAAGUUAAUUGUAAAUAUUAAUUUAACUACUGUUUUUUAGUAUAUGAAAAUUUUACAUUCCAUAUUUUAUAUAAAAAUAUAUUAUUUUAUUGUAAUUUACGAUAAAACUAAGGUUCUAUUAAGCUUUAAAAUCUUAUUAAAUUCACUCCUCCCUGUCCCAAACCAAAAAACGUCAUCAAUAGUAUUGUGGUGUAAACUUAUUUCGUUUAAUUGUCGUUUAGCAAUGGCCGACCCGUGUACGUUUUACUAGUGGCCUUAUCAGUUUUUAAAUAUUUACGCGGUUGUGUGUCGUUCUCACUUACAAAAAUGGUACUAGGUAUAGGAAGAAAUUGAGUAAUCUUACAUUUACAACACUACAUUUACACUUACAACAUUAGGGUAUUUUAAUGGAAUAGAAUAAUUAAAUUAAGGAGAAAUGUGAUCUAACACUCCUUUUUUGGAAAUGUUUUUUUUCUGUAUUUUGAGUUUUUUUCCCCUCUGUAACGUGAUGUCUCAGGGUAUGGGAAUUACUGGAACAAUAUGAUAAAUUUGGAUGAAGGCUAAGGGUGGCACCAAAGUUCCCGUUAAUGUUAACCGUUAAGGUUAUCUCUGAUAAUAAUGUUAACGAGCGUUAGUUCACAUCGACGAAUUUCGAUACCCCUAUUUUGUUUGUACGUGGAAGGUAGCAUAGACUCCUUAAGGAACGCAUUAGAGCGGCGCUGCGCAGCGCUGCACUACACGGCGCUAAGCGUCAUAAUAUUAUUUCAACCAUUUUGUAUGGAGCAUGUCGCACUACAGCGGUGCUGCAAUGCGCGUCGCGGCAUACUUGGCUUCGAGAAAAUAUUUUGACGCGCAGUGCAGCGUCGCUCAAUGCGACACAGCAACAUACUGUUAAUUGCUAAGUUUAUAGAAUUUUGUCUUAUAAUUUAAUACAUUUUUAUAACUAAGUAAAAAUAAUUUAAUUAUUUUAUUUAGUACUUUAAAUUAAUUUAUUUUAUUUUAUUCAUAUAUAUUGGAUGCAUACCCUCACAAACUAAUUUAUUUUGUAUACCAUAACCAUUGUAAAAUACUCUAUUGAUUGAAAAGAGUGGCUGUUGUGUUUCUUGUAUGUUCUUUUCAAGAGCUCUACUUUUUCCGUACAUUAUGGUAGAUUCAGUGAUUUAAAAUAAAAAUAUUUAUAGUGACGAUUGAAGCCUAAUUGAAUAAAGUUUAAGUAUUUGGCUUUGACAUCCCACUUUUUUUCUCUUCCAUAAUUGAUUCAUCUUCUGCACACAAUAAAGAAAUAAUAACCAAAUCCUCGUCACUAUCGCUCAUCUUGUAAUGUUGCACGCACGCGAACUGUUAUAGAAAUGACGCGAGCUGCCGCUUACUGCAGUUGUAAUGCGAUAGGUACGCGACGUAAUGCGACGCGCUGCGCAGCGGCGCGCGCUCUACUGCGUUUCCGCCUUUAGUAUUGACAAAUCAAGUAUGUAGUAUAUAUUGUAACUCUACCAGGUAGGUACCAUGUCAACGUACUAUAGGUAUAAUAUGUUUUAGUGAAAAUAUAUAUACUACCCGCUUACAUUAUCUCUGGACCUGACAUCGAUGACGUCACAUCGCCGCAUUGUCACGGUAUGCAAUGCAAGCAUCACUAGAGUAUUGUUUGUUAAUAACUAAUAACCUAUAUUUUUUUUUCUGAAUUAUUGAUUGAUGUGUAGAUGUUGUGUGAUGCUGAUUAUAAUUAUAAUAUUGAUGAAAAAUCAGUGAAAGAAUCUGGGUUAAGUACAAAUAGUAUUUUCUUUUCUGAUUGAACUAUAUUAGCGACACAGAAUAACAUAAACUACAGAUACAUACAAACCGUACUGAUGCAACAGGACGAGCGCGAGGGGUGAAAGGGGAACGGGAGGGGACUUCACGGUCCGGUGACGUCCAGAGAUAAUGUUGCCGUGUAGUAGAUAUUAAUUUGUUCCGAAUCAAUCAUAGAUGCUUCUCACGACACGCCACAAAUCUGGAUAUCAUCCCCUCCAUACAGAUAUGCGUCGUUCCUCUACAGUGCGAUUUUCAAGAAACUUUCUUACACAUACUUACAACCAAACAUUGGACUCGCCUUGUGCAGUGUUUCCAGAUCAAUACGGCAUAAGCACAAUACAGUAAUAGAAUAGUACUUUAACUUCAUACUAGAGCGCCCGAAUCGACGCACGCACACAUACACACCAUUUACACAGCUGCUAAGUAAUCUUGGAAAGACUAAACUAUUGAGUGCAUCGACGUACGCCGCCGAGACUGGUCGCUGUCCGAGUUAAAUUAGCUGCGACGCGCCGUCCGCAUCGUCAAUAUUUUUGUAUGUACCAACCCUUAAUACCUGCAUUGUGACAUAAGUACCUUCAAAAAAAAAAGCGCGUAAACUUUUCUAAAAGCCGUCAACGCUCCUGUGAUUCCUAUGGCGUUGCUUGAAAAUGUAGGCAGCAAUCAUUACGUUUUAUCCUCUCCAUGCGUGAAAAAAUUUUGGCCUUGGGUCGCUCGGAAAUGACUUGUCAUUAUUUCUUGUUAUUCAAUUUGAAUUCUAUUUAAAUGUUACAAUUGUAUAAUAUUUUUAUCUUAUGAAAUAUUAGGUGCAUGUCGUUUAAGCAAAGUUUUAUGUAUUUUGUCUGUAUUUAUUACGAUAUUUUAUUGUUAAUAUAUGAAUAUUUUAAUAU